AAGACAUGUUCAUUUGUUUUUGUUUAUGCGCAAACAACGAGUAGACAACAAUUUUACAUUACGCUUUUUUUUUUUCUUUAUUUUCUCAGCUCGCCAAUAAAUAAUUAGUAUUUUCUGCCAUCGACACACGCGGACGCAUUUUUCUCGACGAUUUGUCACGCAGAAGUUAUGAAGUGAUCCCAUUUAAUUAUGGCGAAUCUCGAUGAAGAUCUGUCGCGUCUUUCCAUAGGUGAUGAUUCAAAUAAUAAAUUUGGAAGGAAAGACAAGUUUCAAAGGGAAUUAGAAAUCUAUCGGCCUGGCAGUGGACCCUUAAGACGAAGUGGUAGUUCUCGUCAAGAUGGUGAUGAUGAUGAAAAGCGGUCCGUAUUUACUGGAUACAGUCGUGAACUUGAUUCAUCAAAAAAGAGUGAUUUUAUACCUAAUAAACAUUUUGAAAAUCCAAGUAGGAAAAAAGAAAAUUUUCCAAGAGGACAAUCUAAGGUAAAUGGUUUUGCUGCUGAUAACUAUAGUACUUUCAAUCUAAGACGUAAACAGCAAAAGAAAACGCAAACAUUUUAUGAGCCACCAAAUGAAUGGAGUUGUGAUAAACGAUCAGAUCGACCUAGAGUGAAUUUUGUUAAUCCUGAUGACUCUAAGGAUGAUGAUGAUGACAAUUGGAGAGCACAUAAAGCACCAAAAACUGUGAAUGUUAAAACAGCAAAAAGAAUUGAAGAAAAACCUGUUCCAGAAAAAAUUAUAACACCUGUUGAGAGUACAUCACUUUUAAAAAAUAUUCCAGAAAAAGUACCGGGUCAUGGUAGUCGAAAACGCGAAGAAAAGAAACCGGUUAGUAAAUUAAUAACUCCUAAUAUAAUAGGGUAUGAGAAUUGGCCACCUCGGUUCCAAAAAAAAUUCCGUGAUGACAAUAAUAUAACUAUGGAAGAUGUUGAAUUAUAUCUAAAAAAUGUGUUGCCAUUUCAAAAUGAUCAUAAUAAACAACAAAGCUCGUAUCAAUCAAGAAGUCAAACAUUACCUCCAAGAAGUAGCAAAGGUCGAUUUAAUGAACCACCUAGACAAGAACAAGUAUUUCAUAGGUCUAACCCUAAUCAACAUCCACCAAAGACUGAAAUAAGAAGAGUUCAAUCUACUGCUAAUAGUGCAACUGAAUCAAGUAGACAAGUUGUUGAUUUUGACCUGCCCACUAAAAAAGAAAGUAGUCAUCAGGAUUCAAAAUCAGCAGAAUCUAACUCUAGGGAUAAUUCUGAGGACAGUAUUAUAAAGCCGUCUUUAGAAAGUGCUGUCUUUUUCCCUAGUGGUACAAUUAAUUGGGCUGAGGAAGUGGAACGAGCUGAAAAUAUGUCUAAAGUUGCUGAAGAUACAAAAAAAGAAGUUGAGAGAUUAGAAAAUACUGAAAAACGUUCUACUAGGGAUAAAAAGCGAAAAAAGAGUGUCAGUAAGGAUAGAAAUUGUAUAAAUACAUUACCAUUGCAUGACCAACCAUCUAGCAGUACUCAUUCUAAUUGGCAUUCUCAGAGUAAUCAGAGUAAUGAUAAUUCUGAAAGCUUGAAUAGUAAUGGUGGUAGUUGGAGAAAAGAAAAAUCUAAAUCAAAUAGAAAUCGUAGUAAUGAUCGGUCGAGAAAUCGUUCCCAAAAUCGUAGACACAGACAUAACAGUGAAAAAUCAGCUUCUCGUAAAUCUGAAAACAUUGGUGGUAUUAUAAAAUUACCACCUAAUGUAAAUGUUAAUUCUACUGACAGUAUGUCACUUAGCCUCAGUGGUUAUUUAAAUAAAACUGUUGUGGCAACAGCUUCACCAUCUCCAUAUCCAGCCAAACAACUGUUCAAUCCUAAUAACCCUAACAAACCUAUAGUGAUAUCGUCGAAACAAAAAAAUUCUAGAGCAGGUUAUACUCCCACUAAUGUAGAAUCACAUUAUGCCAAAGAUCAUUUUCCAAUCAACAAUAUAAAUUCUACAAGUACUCAACAAUAUUCUGGCGCACAUUUUGGUAAUUCACCGCCUGCUUGGUAUGAUCCAUACUCAGAAAGUUACCGUUCAUCACUUCAUCCAGUUUUACUUUUGGAUAUCAGGAGAGCUGAUUCAAUUAUAGGAGAAUUGAUUUUUGAUACAAAUAUGCUUCAGAAUUGGCCAAUUAUUAAUUCAUGCAGGGAAUUUUUAAAAGAUUCAUUGAAAGAGCUAUUAAAAUCUGAUAUGAAGUUUUGUCAGCGAGAAAAUAUAGAAACUCAUUUUUGGAAAAUUCUAUAUCAUAAUAUUAUUGAACAAUUAAAAAAAAUUAUUACUGAAGAUUCACCAGAACUAGUCAAGGAACAUACUACAUUACUUAUGAAUUUGAUCGAAGAAGGUAUGAAGUAUUUCACUGAUCUUUUAAAAUUACUGGAAAAGCAUUAUAAUUUCAACUUGGAUGAUUAUGUUUCACUGACAUGUCUGUCUACAAAAAAACUUGGAAACAUUGGUCUUGCUUUAAUAUCAUCACAAAAGUUAUACAUAUCGUUAGGAGACUUGGCAAGAUACAAGGAUGUCUUAAAUCAUAGCACCAAUUAUGUUAUUGCCAAACAAUGGUAUACCAAAGCUAAUCAAAUAAACCCAAAAAAUGGUAGACCCUACAAUCAGUUGGCUUUACUAGCUGUGUACGAAAAACGAAAGCUCGAUGCUGUUUAUUAUUAUAUGAGAAGUUUGAUGGCUUCAAAUCCCUUUCAAUCAGCAAAAGAUAGCUUAUUGUCUUUAUUUGAAGAGUAUAGAAGAAAGUAUGAAAUGACUGAUAGAAAGCGCCAAGAAGAUAGGGAAAAACGUGAACGUGAAAAAGCUAUGGAAAAAGAAAGUUCUAUGUCUUCUAAAGAAAAAUACAGUAAAAGAAGAAAGGAAAUAUGGAUUCAUCCUGAUGGUAAUAAACGUUCUCAUAGGACAACGUCAACCACUGAACCUUCUCAAGAUAUUGAUGAAGAAGAACUAUCUAAACUUUCUCAGUCUGAGGUAAAUAAAAGAUUCAUUGUCAGUUUUCUUCAUGUUCACGGAAAACUAUUUACUAAAGUUGGUAUGGAGAGUUUUCAAGAUACCGCGUUACAAAUGCUAAGAGAGUUCCGUAAAUUAUUAUCAAAUACACCAAUACCAAUUAUAACCACAAGGUUUCUGCAAUAUUUAGCAUUAAACAUGUUUGCAAUUGAAAACAGUCGUCCAAAAGAAACACAUGUAGUACAGGGGUAUUGGUCUACAGUACACGAGUGUGCAUUGGUUAUGUCAUUGCAAAUGUUCAGUUUAAUUGUUGAUAGGUGUAAUCAACUUUUAAAAGACAUUUUGUCCAAAGAUGAUGGUUCUUCAGCUAAGCACUUGAUCGGUAGUGACAUAGAUUUUCUGUUACCUGCUAUUAAGAUUUGGUGUGAUUGGUUGUUGUGCAAUUCUAAAGUGUGGAAUCCACCACCAUCAUGUUCAGAUUAUAAACUCUCUGGGACAGGUGAUUGUUGGAAUCGAUUAGCUUCACUAGUAAACAACUUAGAAAAGUUCCAAGAACAUUAUAAACUGUUUUUGAAUGAACCUGAUGAAAAUGAUCCAAAUUUAACUCAACAACUUAAGCUGCCCGAAGAUUCUAUGUUUAGUGGAUUCACACCGAUAAUUGGUUAUGAAUUGAAACCAAUAUUUAUUAAGACCACUUCUGAUAGAGAUCUAUCUGAAUUAGCCCACAGAGUGAAUUGUAUAUUGUUCUUUGGCACAGAAUUUUUGUGUGGUACUGAACCACCCGUGUUUAAAUUGCAUAAAACAGAUACUGGAGCAAGUGAAUACAUUUCAGUUGUUGAAACAGCCAGUCCUAAAGAUGAUAGCGAAGACGAAGAUAUGUGUUUUGAGAGUUGGAUUGAUGAAGAAAAUGAUUCUAAGUCAAAACAAUCUGAAGAUAAAUCUAUAUCUGAAUUUAAUGCUAAGCCGCUUUCAAAUGAAAUACAGAGGCUACUGAGUAGAAAAGAGGAAUUGGAACAAAAACAACGUAAUGAAGAAUUAAGGCAAAAACGUGUCCAGGAAAUACUGAAACAAGCUUCUUACUGUGUUGAGAUUGAAAUCAAACCACAUUACGUAGUACCCGACACUAACUGUUUUAUUGACUAUUUGCCACAACUAGAAAAAUUAAUGUAUUCAUUCUCACAUGCCCAAGAACACAUAUGUACUCUAAUGGUUCCUACUGUUGUAUUGAUUGAAUUGGAGGGAUUAGCCAAAGGUGGAUGGGUCAGAGAUUCAGUGUGUGAGGCAGCUAAACAAGCAUUAAAAAUAUUAAAAAAUAUUGAUACUGCUGCUGUUAAGUUUGUCACAACCAAAGGAUCGAGUUAUAAAUCUACCAUAUUUUUUGAAGAAGAAACUAAUUUUGUUGGCAAUAAUGAUGAUAAAAUAUUAACAACUUGUCUAAGUCUUUGUAAAAAUAAUUCACAAUCAUCUGUAGACAGUACACAAGCAGAAGGCGAACCAAAAAAAAUAUACCGAGAUGUUGUACUGCUGACCGAAGAUCGUAAUUUAAGAGUAAAAGCUCUAUCGUCAGAUAUGCCUGUCAGGGCAGUAAUGGAUUUCAUAAACUGGUUGAACUUCAACAGUAGUUAAUCAAAUCAAAUACAUUAGUAGGAAUGCCAUUUUGUUCCUAAAUAUAAAGACUUGAACUGACAUUUAUAAAACCAUUGCUUAUGGUGCUUACUUAACUCUCUAUCUACUAUCUAUCUUGCGAUACUCCACGCAUUUCAAACGUUAACAAUACAUACAGUCUGAUCAACGUUUUUAAUUUUAAUUUUCCGACUAAGUGAUGAUAAUGUUCAAAUAUUUUAAUGCUGUAAAUGAUUGCCGUGUACAUAAAGUACCUUAUAUAUAUAUAUUAUAUUUAUUUAUAUAUAUAUAUUGUGUAUGUAUACGUGUAUAUAUUUGUAACGUAAACGAAGAAAAAAUAGAAGAUUCACACACACAUUUGUACACCAAGGGUCACGACGAAAAAAAAACGCUGGCGACAAGUCAUACAGAACAGAAUUUGCAUGAAAUCAUUAUUUUGAAAUCUGCGAGCUUCGCUCGUGUGUUGUGUUUAUGCGUUUCUGUGUCUCGACGUUUCUUGAAGACCGCAUGUAAUGAUAAUAUUUUGUUUUAGCUUAGUUUUAUUAUUUUAUCUUAUCGUUUACGGUUUUACUUCUCGUUCAACGUGUUUCUUGAUUCGCUCGUUUUCUUAAACUGUCGUAGACAAUUGCAAUAAUAUUAUUUCGUAUCCUGUACCACGUGCACAUCGCAAGCACGAGAGUAUGAUUCUUCCCGUACGACGACCCAUCACAAUGAGUCUUAAUUCAUUCCGUCAGCUCAUACUCACUCAUCGUUUCAUCAACUCUCGAACUUUGCUGUAUGUUCAGUGUUUUUCGUAGUUUCACCGAGAGUUCAAAUUAGUAACAACCACGCUACAAUAAUUGAGUCGAAAUGCUGUCGAACUCCUAACAACAACUAGCACCAAAAAUAUCUUAACCCUCCGACAAUUCAUAAAUGUUACGGAUAUAUCGUUAAACACAUUACCACGCCACCUUCUCUACGAUGUAUACGACGUAUUGUAGUAUCUAGCUUAGAGUCAUAUUGUGUACGUAAUAUCUUCAUUAUUUAUAAUACGGUGUACACAACGCAGCACUGAAAUUCACUUUGAUUUUGCAAUAUUUACAUUUCUCACGGUGAACGUCACAAAACGCGAAAUACCUCCGAAUGAUUAGCGAAGUAUAAUAGUAACGGUAGUUAAUUUAUAAUAUCUCGAUUAUUGUACGGUAAUACGUUUCAUCCUCAUUUUUUUCGGUUUAGUUUAGUUUUUCUUUUUUUUAGCGCACGCAUAUCAUUAUUUACCUCUCGCCCGCCGCGCCGUAAUAGGAGACUAUAUAUUUAUAUAUACAUAUAUAUUUACAGCAUAUAAUUACUAUUAAAUUGUAGUCAUUGUACCAUGGUUCGUAUUCUUAUUUUAUUAAAAUUAAAGUAUAUUUGUACUAUUUUAGAUAUUUGACGGUUUUUUUGUAAUAUUUC